AUGGAGGACAUUACACAGGAAAUGAAAGCGGAAGCUUCUGCUGUUGGUGACCAAGGUGUGGACGCUUCAACGUGCUCCGGAGGACGAACUGCUAAUCCUGCAGGCAGUACCUUCAGCGCUCGUAUGGCGCAGUUCAAAUACUCCCCAUUAAAGGAAGCAGAAGGUUUGCGGCGCUCGUCCAGACUCUCCAGCCCACGAGCUUCGAUACUGUCAACGACCUCAAGCGCUUCUUCGUCCCCGAAGAAACGACCUCGGUCCCAAAAAGCAAGUGACGACGACAACGUCAAAGUAAAGGAAGAGCCGGACUCUAUCUUAGCGCAGGAUGAUAGCACAUCUACGCCUCCAAAUUUGAAGAAGAGGAGAAGCACAACGAAGGAGCGGUCGGCUCAAGAUCCACACUAUCCAACCAACAACUUGGUCGAUAGCUUGCGGCCUGGUCUGACCCUCGUGUGCAUCGGCCUCAACCCUGGGCUCAUGACGGCAGCAACGGGUCAUGCAUACGCCCAUCCUUCCAAUCGGUUCUGGCAGUUGCUACAUGACUCCGGUGUCACUCCGAAGAAGCACAUCCCUGCCGACACUAGAGAUUUGAUGGACUUGUAUAGCAUUGGGAACACGAAUAUCUGUGCCCGGCCAACGCGGAGCGGAGAUGGUCUGAGCAAGGAGGAAAUGGCGGAGGGCGCUGUCAUACUGGACAAGAAAAUUGCGCUUUACAAACCGGAAGCGGUGGUAAUCGUUGGAAAAGGUAUCUGGGAGACUAUCUGGAUGGUCAAAAAGGGGCUGAAGCGGUUCCAGGACCCGAACUUCCAUUGGGGAUGGCAGGAUGAGGACAUGCAGCUGGGAAGAACUUGGGAAGACGGACAAUUGACGUGGCCGGGAGCGAAGACGUUUGUGGCCACAUCCACCAGUGGCCUGGCGGCUACGCUGAGCCCAGCAGAAAAGCUCGCCAUAUGGACGCCUUUGGGUGACUGGAUGACAACUAAGCGACAAGACGCAAGCGUCCCAAAAUCUGAGUGA